ACUCAAGGGCUAUACUGUCAUGGCGGUGGCGAGCUGAAGCUGCCGGGGUAAAUCAGGAAGAGAAAGCAGCGCAGCUGGGUCAACGGUAUAUUUAACCAAGUCUGUGGAGUUCACCGGGGAAGACCAAGCGGACCCGCGUCCCUCUCGACUUCUCCUGGAGCUGCUGGCGGACUUGCCCCCCUCCAGUUUGUGAGUUAUUGCUUCUGCCAAGCGCGUUACCUGUCAAGUGUGUGGACUCAGUGACAAUAGCAACUUCCAGUGCUGUGCGGAGAUAUUAAAGUCUCUCUAUCCUCGUUUGCACAUUUGAGGAGAAAACUGGUUAAGGACGAGCUCUGCUUCACCAGCUUUCCUCCUCGGUACCUGGAGCUCACUUCCAUACGGCUUUUAACGGUAUUAAUCCAUCCGUCUGGUAUCAAGUUACGGAGCAGGAGAGGAGCAGUUCACUGUGGAGUGAAGCGGUGACAUUUCCAGUCUUUCAGCGACUAACAAAUUCAAUUUGCGCUUUUUUUUUUGCCCACUUUCGAUGUUUAUUCGCUGAACUGUUUUGGAUGGGGAGGGAAACGUUUUGCUUGUGUGCCUGUAGACUGUCAACAACUCAGCUGAAGGGGACAUAAGAUUCCUCUUUAACCUCCGACAUCGGCUACACUGUCACCAUUGGAGGUGAACAGGUGCCUUACCUGUGAACGCCACCUGUCCCGUCCUUGCUUCCGUAGCAAUGGCUAGCGAGGAGACAGCGGGCGCUGCGCAGCCAGGUGAUGGAAAGGACGGGAGAUCAGGCGCCAUGGCGCUCAACCCCGGAGUGCCUAUCAGGGGGAUAAGGAUGAAAUUCGCCGUGCUGGCUGGCCUGGUGGAAGUUGGGGAAGUUUCCAACCGAGACAUUGUGGAGACUGUGUUCAACCUGCUGGUCGGUGGACAGUUUGACCUGGAGAUGAACUUCAUCAUCCAGGAGCCGGAGAGCAUCAUGUGCAUGGUUGAGCUGUUGGACAAGUGUGAGCCCACCUGUCAGGCCGAGGUCUGGAGCAUCUUCACCGCCAUCCUCAAGAAGAGUGUCCGCAACCUGCAGGCGUGCACUGACGUGGAGCUCAUCCAGCUGGUGCUGCAGCGUAUAUCCACCACUGACAGUAUGAUCGCAGACCUACUUGUGGACAUGCUGGGUGUGCUUGCCAGCUACAGCAUCACAGUGAAAGAGCUGAAGCUUUUCUUCAGCAAACUACAAGGGGAGGAAGGCCAGUGGCCUCGUCAUGCAGUGAAGCUUUUGUCAGUGCUGAAGUACAUGGCUCACAGAAACGGUCCUGACUCCUUCUUCAGCUUUCCAGGGAAAAAUGCAGCUGCGAUAGCUCUGCCUCCCAUAGCGAAAUGGCCAUACCAGAAUGGGUUUACAUUCCACACGUGGCUCCGCAUGGAUCCUCUCAACAACAUCAAUGUAGACAAAGACAAGCCUUACCUGUACUGUUUCCGCACCAGCAAAGGCCUAGGUUACUCUGCGCACUUUGUGGGCGGCUGUUUGAUAGUGACCUCAUUAAAAUCCAAGGGAAAAGGAUUCCAGCACUGUGUAAAGUACGACUUCAAACCACAGAAGUGGUACAUGGUGACUCUUGUUCACAUCUACAACCGAUGGAAGAACAGUGAAAUUAGCUGCUAUGUGAACGGGGAACUGGCUUCCUUUGGAGACAUCGCCUGGUUUGUCAACACCAGUGACACAUUUGACAAGUGUUUCCUGGGAUCGUCAGAGACGGCAGAUGCCAACCGUGUGUUCUGUGGACAGAUGGGGGCAGUUUACCUGUUUGGAGAGGCUCUCAGUGCUGCUCAGAUCCUGGCCAUCUAUCAGCUGGGUCCAGGUUACCAGGGCACAUUCAAGUACAAGGCUGAGAGUGACCUGCUGUUUGCGGAGCAUCAUAAGACAUUACUGUAUGAUGGCAAGCUGUCCUCGAGUAUCGCCUUCACAUACAACCCUCGCGCCACAGAUGCUCAGCUCUGCCUUGAGUCCUCCCCCAAGGACAACGCCUCCAUUUUCGUCCAUUCACCCCACGCGCUCAUGCUGCAGGACGUGAAGGCUGUGGUGACUCACUCAGUCCAGAGUGGAAUACACUCUAUUGGAGGCGUGCAGGUCCUCUUCCCUCUGUUUGCACAGCUGGAUUAUUGCCAGCCUUCCAGCCAUGAGCUGGACACCUCUGUCUGCUGCACUUUGCUGUCCUUUGUGAUGGAGCUCUUGAAGAACUCAGUGGCUAUGCAAGAGCAGGUCCUGGCCUGCAAAGGCUUUCUCGUCAUUGGCUACACUUUGGAGAAGUCUUCCAAGGUGCAUGUGACGCGGCCCGUCCUGGAGAUUGUGUUGGCCUUUUCGAGAUACCUUAGCAACCUGCAGAAUGGCAUCUUGCUGCUCAAGCAGCUGUGUGACCACAUUCUGUUCAACCCUGCCAUCUGGAUCCAUGCCCCUGCCAAGGUGCAACUGACACUAUACACUUACCUGGCGACAGAGUUCAUCAGCACAGUGACCAUCUACAACGCCAUUCGCAGGGUGGGCACUGUGCUCCAGGUCAUGCAUACACUGAAAUUCUACUACUGGGUUGGCAACCCACAGGACCGCAGUGGGGUCAUCCCCAAAGGCCUUGAUGGUCCGAGGCCAAACCAGAAGGAGAUCCUGUCUCUGCGAGCCUUUCUGUUGUUGUUUGUCAAACAGCUCAUAAUGAAAGAUCAUGGAGUCAAAGAGGACGAGCUACAGAGCAUCCUCAACUACCUCCUUACCAUGCAUGAGGAUGACAAUCUCAUGGAUGUGCUGCAGUUGUUAGUGGCUCUGAUGUCUGAACAUCCUGGGUCGAUGGUCCAGGCCUUUGACCAGCGCAAUGGGAUUCGUGUGAUUUACAAACUCUUGGCCUCUAAAAGUGAAGGAAUAAGAGUGCAGGCGCUCAAAGUGAUGGGCUACUUUCUGAAACAUUUGUCACCGAAGAGGAAGUCUGAGGUCAUGAUGAGUCACGGCCUCUUCUCUCUGCUCACUGAACGCCUGAUGCUCCACUCCAGCCAGUUCACCAUGACAACCUACAACGUGCUCUUCGAGAUCCUUACAGAGCAGAUCUGCACUCAAGUGAUCCAUAAACAGCAUCCGGACCCCGACUCCACUGUGAAGAUUCUCAACCCACAGAUUCUGAAGGUAAUAGCUGCUCUGCUGAAGAACUCUCCCCCAUCCCCUGAGAGCAUGGAGGUGCGCCGGGUCUUUCUGUCAGACAUGAUCAAACUGUUCAAUAACAGCCGAGAGAACCGCAGGAGCCUGCUGCAGUGCUCGGUGUGGCAGGAGUGGAUGCUCUCUCUGUGCUUCAUCAACCCGCGAAACAGCGAGGAGCAGAAAAUCACAGAGAUGGUGUACGCCAUCUUCCGCAUCCUGCUCUACCACGCCAUCAAAUAUGAGUGGGGUGGCUGGCGCGUCUGGGUGGACACCCUGUCCAUCACCCACUCCAAGGUAACCUUUGAGCAGCACAAGGAGAAUCUGUCCCGCAUGUUCCGCCAGUACCAGCGACAGGAGUCUGGAGCCUCUCUCAGCACAAUCCGAACCGUCUCUGGUGUCAGCCAGAGCUCUGAGACCACGGAGUGCGUUAAUGGGCCACCUGCAGAGGAGGCGGCCCCUUCCACUGUCAUUGAGCUUACAGUGGACGAGUUGUCCCAGAAGUCCCCUGACUCAGCAUCUAGUUCCACCAUCCCCUCCAGCCCGCUGGAGAGUACUGAUGAAAGGGGACACGCAUCCAUCACUGUGUCCAACAUCCUGGCAAGGCCCGAGGAAGAAGAGCAGAGGUUGGCUCAGGGUUCUUCCAAAGAUGACUCAGGUGAUGGAAAAGAGACUGAAGCUGCUGUGACACAAAAAACUGACACAGAGGAACUGAGUGAAGAGAACAAUAAGCAGGAAGCAGUGACUGAGUCUUCCACUGAUAAGGACAAUGAUAAUCUACAAAGGAACACUAGCAACAUGCCUGAAGCAGCUGACACAAAAGCAGUAGAAGUGGUUGGUGACUCUGCUACAACACCAACAGAUGGUGAAAAAUGUGAGAGUGAACACAACAAAGAUCAAUCGUCAACCUCCAUGACAGAAGACUCUUUAAAUGAAGCAGACACAGAAGUGCCAGUGGUUUCAGAACAUGAAGGUAGGACUGACCAAGCCUCCCCUGAGACUGCAGCCUGUCUGGAGAACAGUGUGCUGGGUGGAGCGUCUGUUUUCAAUGAGGACCUGGUUGACGUGUCGUCUGUUAGCGACCAGAUCCAUCCUAGUGAUGCUGAUGAUAGCCAAGAGGAGUCCUCUUACGCUUCUGCUGCUGCCGGAGAGGAGGCGGAAGUAUUAAAAAAGGAGGAAGGUAAACAUGAAGAUGAUGAAGGCAAUAAAAAUGAUCAGGAAGGACAGGAGUUGAAAACGGAAGAAGAAAAAGAUGAGAAACAGGAGGUUAGCAUGCAUGAAAAAACUGGAGAGAGUCAAGCUGAGGAGAAACAGGUGUCUAAUUUAGAGGGUGAGACUCCUCCAACGGAAACACCUGAACAAAUUGUGACAGAAGCACCAAAAGAAAAAGUUAAAGAUGAACAGUCUUCCCCGACGGCUGAGACCACAGCUUCAGAGCAGCAGCCCUCAGACAGCACACUACCCUCUACAGCCCAGGAGGCUGCAGCAGCAUCGGCCUCAACUUCUUUCAGCCAGCCCUCCGAGACCAGCGGCACCGCUGGAGAGGAAACUUCGUCCAGUGCCCCACACAGCAGCACAACUGCCUCGAGCUCUGACACACAAAAGAGUGCCGACUCUGUCAGCAAGACCAAAGAGAUUAAAAUUGCCAGACUGGAUGUGUCCAAUGUGGCCUUAGACACAGAGAGACUUGAACUGAAGGAGACCUCUACAACAGAGACAAGCCAAGGCCAGCCGACAGCAGCAGCAGCGGGAGGGGGAAGUUCGUCGGGUCAGCCGAGAGAGAGCGGCACUUCGGCUCCUCGCUCCACCAUGUUUCGCAUCCCAGAGUUCCGCUGGUCCCACAUGCAUCAACGCCUCCUCACUGACCUGCUCUUCUCCAUUGAGACAGAUGUCCAGAUGUGGAGGAGUCACUCCACAAAGACAAUUCUGGACUUUGUGAACAGCAGUGAGAACGUGGUGUUUGUCCACAACAGUAUACACCUCAUCUCCCAGGUGGUGGACAACCUCAUCAUGGCUUGUGGAGGCAUUUUACCUCUGCUCUCUGCUGCCACCUCUUCUUCUCAUGAACUGGAGAACAUUGAGCCAUCCCAAGGCCUGGCAGUGGAGGCUUCAGUCACCUUCUUACAGCGCCUCGUCAACCUCGUGGAUGUUCUCAUCUUCGCCAGCUCCCUCAACUUCACAGAGAUAGAAGCAGAGAAGAACAUGUCGUCAGGAGGCAUCCUCCGACAGUGCCUUCGCCUUGUGUGUGCAAUGGCAGUGAGAAACUGUCUGGAGUGUCAGCAAGCCCAGUUUAAUCAUGGCACAGAAGGCUCGGCCUCCAACUACACAGCCAUGCCCAGCACUUUGCUGGGAACAGCCAAGUCUGCCUCUGCACAGAGUCCUGUUGAUGCAGUGACAGGUGGAAUGUCUCCAGUCAGGGACCUGGACCGGCUGCUUCAGGACAUGGACAUUAACCGCCUCAGGGCCGUCGUCUUCAGAGAUAUUGAGGACAGUAAGCAGGCUCAGUUUCUGGCUCUUGCUGUGGUGUACUUCAUCUCAGUCCUCAUGGUGUCCAAGUACCGUGACAUCCUGGAGCCCCACAAUGACAAGAAACACCCUCAGCGAUCCCAGUCUGCCAGGAGCACAGAUAGCGGUGCCAUUUCUGGUGGAUUGGAAGUAGAGAACGGCGUCUCUCUCCGGCGGUACGACUCUGGCAUCGGUGAUGACCACACCUCAGCCGCUGCGAGCGAGGCAGACCUGUCAUCCUCUGUUGUGACUCACGGUCCAGACGCCAUCUCAGAGGCCUUGUCCACGCUGUCGUCUGAGGUCAGACCUGCUCUGCCCGCUGAUUCAAAGGGCAAGAAUGUGAAGGACAUUCUGCGCAGCCUCGUGAGCGCUCCAACUGAUGAUAUCAUGGUGGACCCAAGCCUGCUGCCACCAGCGUUUCUAGGAAGUGUGGGCGAUGCGGCUAGAGAAUCGUCGCAGUUCUUAUUUGAUAGAAGUGUCGUCGUUGCACCCAAGAAAGCCGGCCUGAUGCCAUCUUCAGGCACUUCCACUCCUGUCCCAGCAGCCACUGCUGCCUCUGUGUCCGCUGGGACACCUAUCGACAGCGUCGCCUUAGUAUCUUCUGGUGACGCCUCCCAGAGCACCCCUGCGGACUCUGCAGCUACAGGCGGCCAGGUUCCAGCCAGCGCUAGCCUGCCAUCUGUCCCCCCACUCUCCCCUGUGACCCAGAACACAGCCCCCAAUAUGAGUAUCUCAGAACGUCUGGAGCACGCUCUGGAGAAGGCGGCUCCUCUGCUGAGAGAGAUCUUUGUGGACUUUGCCCCCUUUCUCUCUCGGACCCUGCUGGGCAGCCACGGACAAGAGCUCCUCAUUGAGGGCACCAGCCUGGUGUGCAUGAAGUCCAGCAGCUCAGUAGUGGAACUCGUCAUGCUGCUGUGUUCACAGGAAUGGCAGAACUCCAUCCAGAAGAACGCAGGUCUCGCCUUUAUCGAACUGGUCAAUGAGGGAAGACUGCUGAGUCACACCAUGAAGGACCACCUGGUUCGUGUGGCUAAUGAAGCCGAAUUCAUCCUCAGCCGACAGAGGGCUGAAGACAUCCAUAAACACGCAGAGUUUGAGUCUAACAGUGCUCAGUACGCAGCAGAGAAGCGAGAUGAGGAGAAAAUGUGUGACCACCUUAUUCGAGCCGCCAAGUACCGCGACCAUGUGACAGCCACACAGCUCAUCCAGAAGAUAGUCAACAUCCUGACUGACAAACAUGGAGCCUGGGGAAACUCCUCCAUAAGCCGGCCGAGGGAGUUCUGGCGCCUGGACUACUGGGAGGACGAUUUAAGGCGGCGACGUCGCUUCAUCAGGAACCCCUUUGGAUCCGCUCACUCAGAGGCUACGCUCAAAGCCGCGGCCGAACACGCGUCCGAGGAGGAUAUUCUGAAAGGCAAGCAGUCCAUCAGGAGUCAGGCUCUGGGAAAUCAAAACUCAGAGAGUGAGUCAUUACUGGACGGAGACGAUGACACCCUGUCCAGCUUGGACGAGAAGGACCUGGAGAACUUAACAGGCCCAGUAAACUUGAGCACCAGUGUUCAGCUGGUGGCUCCGGCCGUUGUGGUGAAAGGCACCCUGUCCAUCACCGCCUCCGAGCUCUACUUCGAGGUGGAUGAGGACGAGCCGUGCUUCAAGGCCAUCGAUCCAAAGAUUCUAGCCUACACAGAAGGUCUUCAUGGAAAAUGGCUGUUCACAGAGAUCCGUGCCGUCUUUUCCAGGCGCUACCUGCUGCAAAAUACUGCUCUGGAAAUCUUCAUGGCCAACAGAACUGCGGUCAUGUUCAACUUCCCAGAUCCCGCCACCGUAAAGAAGGUGGUCCACAGUCUUCCUCGUGUUGGGGUGGGCACGAACUUUGGCCUUCCACAAACCAGGCGAAUCUCCCUGGCCACACCAAAGCAGCUAUUCAAAGCAUCCAACAUGACCCAGCGCUGGCAACGUCGGGAAAUCUCCAACUUUGAGUACCUCAUCUUUCUUAACACCAUCUCUGGUCGGACCUUUAAUGACCUAAACCAGUACCCGGUCUUCCCAUGGGUUAUCACCAACUACGACUCAGAAGAACUUGACCUCACCCUGCCCAGCAACUUCAGAGAUCUGUCUAAGCCCAUUGGUGCUCUGAAUCCUAAGAGGGCGGCAUUCUUUUCAGACCGAUAUGAGUCCUGGGAGGAUGAUCAGGUGCCUAAGUUCCACUAUGGCACCCACUACUCCACCUCCAGCUUCACAAUGAUGUGGCUGCUACGUAUCGAACCCUUCACUACAUUCUUCCUCAACUUCCAAGGAGGAAAGUUUGACCAUGCGGACCGCACCUUCUCAUCAGUGUCCCGCGCCUGGAGGAACUGCCAGAGAGACACAUCUGAUGUGAAGGAGCUGAUUCCAGAGUUCUACUACCUCCCCGAGAUGUUUGUCAACGCCAACAGUUACAACCUGGGAGUGAUGGAAGAUGGCACAGUGGUCUCUGAUGUGGAGCUGCCACCCUGGGCCAAGAGCCCAGAGGAGUUUGUUCGAAUCAAUCGCCUGGCUCUGGAGAGCGAGUUCGUGUCCUGCCAGCUCCACCAGUGGAUCGAUCUGAUAUUUGGCUACAAGCAGCAGGGUCCCGAAGCCACGAGAGCCCUAAAUGUUUUCUAUUAUCUGACCUAUGAAGGCGCAGUCAACCUCAGCUCCAUCAACGACCCCAUGCUCAGAGAGGCUGUGGAGUCUCAAAUUAGGAGUUUUGGACAGACCCCCUGCCAGUUGCUCAUUGAGCCACACCCACCCAGAAGCUCAGCCAUGCAAGUGUAUCUUCUCCUGCAGACCCCGCUGAUGUUUACGGAGCAGAUGCAGCAGGAUGUUAUCAUGGUGUUGAAGUUCCCUUCAAACUCUCCUGUGACCCACGUAGCAGCCAACACUCAGCCGGGUCUAACGUCACCUGCCAUCAUCACUGUCACCGCCAACCGCCUCUUUGCUGUCAACAAAUGGCAUGGCCUGACAGGUCAUCAGAGCUCAACGGUGCAGGACCAGCAGUACCAACUUCCUGUGGAAAUUGACCCGCUGAUAGCCAGUAACAUGGGCGGUCACCGUCGCCAGAUCUCAGACCUGCUGGACCAGAGCAUUCAGAUCAGCUCACAGUGUUUCAUCAUCACAGCCGACAACCGCUUCAUCCUUCUGUGUGGCUUCUGGGACAAGAGCUUCCGGGUCUAUUCCACUGACUCAGGCAAACUGACUCAGAUAGUAUUUGGGCAUCGUGACGUGGUGACGUGUCUGGCUCGCUCUGAGUCGUACAUUGGAGGAGACUGCUACGUCCUGUCAGGCUCUAGAGAUGCCACCCUGCUGCUGUGGUACUGGAACGGAAAGCACAGCAGCAUUGGAGAGAGCCCAGGCACAGAGUUCACCACACCACGGGCCAUCUUAACAGGCCAUGACUGUGAGGUGACAUGUGCAAGUGUAUGUGCCGAGCUGGGUCUUGUCAUCAGUGGCUGCAAAGAGGGUCCUUGUCUGAUCCAUUCCAUGAAUGGGGACCUGCUGCGGACCCUGGAAGUCCCUGAGCGCUUCACACGGCCCCGCCUCAUCCAGUCCUCCACCGAGGGACACUGCGUGAUCUAUUACGACAAGGGACAGUUUUGUCUCUUCAGUGUCAAUGGCAAACUGCUGGGACACAUGGAAAUAGAAGACAGCAUCAAGGCCAUGCUUCUCAGUCGUGAUGGCCAAUAUCUGCUAACAGGUGGAGAUGGAGGUGUAGUAUCUGUCUGGCAGGUCCACAACCUCAAGCAGCUCUUCACCUACCCUGGCUGUGAUGCAGGAAUCCGAUCCAUGGCCAUGUCGCAUGACCAAAGGUGCAUCAUAACUGGCAUGGCAUCUGGAAGUAUCGUGCUCUUCUACAAUGACUUCAACAGGUGGCACCAUGAGUACCAGACCAGGUACUGAACUGACAACAGCAACAAAACCUGACUGACAAAGUUGGACACGGAUGAAGAACUCUUAUCAAAGGCACUAUUCUGUCUAUCCUGAUAUCCUGAAUGUAUCUCACAGAAAAAAAAGAAAUCUGUCCUGUUAUAGUAAAAGAAUCAAACUAUUUUUAAAAAGGGGCAUUGCUAUAUUUUGUAGAUCAGAUAGAAAAUUUUCAUAUAAAUCAUAGGGUGGGGGUUAUGUUACUGUACGGUUAAAAACAAAUCUAUUUUUAGCUGUAAGAGUCUAUUUUCAUCUCCUCCAGAAAAGAAAAGAGGGAUUUAUGGGGAGCUAGUGAAAACCUUUUCUCUUGACUUAAAAAUCCAAAUAUUUGUGUACUUUAGGGUGAGUGAUUUUUUUUUUUUUUCUCUGUAGGUGUGUAUGUGGGGAAUAAUUAUUAAGCUAUCAUUCAAUUUUAACAUUUUGCCAUUUUGGCAACAAAGCCGUUAGAUAUAUGUUUGAAUAAAUAAUAAAUGUAUUGGACAGAAGGAUAAAUGAAGAGGGAAUAUACAUAUAUAUAAAUGUCUAUAUAUAUACUGUUUAAAUGUAGUCUUUCAUAUUUAAAAUUUCCAUUCCCUCUGUACCUCUGUGCUUGCUAAGAGAUUGCGUUUCUGUGCAUGGCUCACUGCUCAUAUAAAACACAUCAGCGCAGAUUUUCGCGUUAUCAUUUAAUACUUUAAACAUCAAAAACACAAAACUUCUCUGCAUCAGUGAUUUGAAAAUGAGCUUUACAUAGAGGAUGUCAGGAAAAAUAUGUUGAGGAUUAAGCUUCAUUCAUUUACAUUUCUCCUAAAUGACUGAAUAAACAAACUGAAUCAUUUUUUUCAAAAUUGAUUAAUAUCUGUGAUGGAAAGAGUGAGGGUAUGAGAUCAAAAUUUUUACUACAUUAUUAAAUAAAAAAUGUCAUAUCAUACCCAGUGCUCAAGCCAGCUUAGCAUCUUCAGAGUCCUCUUUGAGUCCUGUCUCCAAAGCAGCUAACAGCAAAGUGAGAUGUGCAAUGAAAGGAAGGACUUGCUGUGUUUCAGUCUGCAGUUCCUUCUCUUUUUUUUUUUUCCAUCACAGAAGUGUAGAUCCCAGGAUGAGUGAUUAUGUUAAGAUGUGAUUCAGCACUAAAAUGGCAAUGAGACAUAUUCCUUUGAUCCUAAGUAAAAUUUACGUCCACUUGUAUCUUUGAUUUUGAGGAAACAUUCCUUUGAAGUUUGAGCUUUGGUGUGGUUUGAAUCUCCAGUUAUAUGACAACUACUGUUAUCUAUCAACCAUUAUUUUUUUGCAAUCAUAUUGGAGUGUUUUGUGUGCUGAGUUCUGACAAUAAAAUGGAAUUUUAUAACUUGAA